AUGAAGCCAUUGAUUAUCAACGAUUUGGAUUUUUCGGAAUUUCACAAGGACGAGUUCGAGCAGGAUCCACUUGUGAUGGCUCGACUAGCAGCAAUCGCUCAGGAAAAAGGCCUCAUUCCUGGUUCUGUUAAUGGAAAAAUACCACUCGCGCCAACAGAAGGCAUGCCUCCAGCACCACCUCCACUUCCGCCUGGAGCGCAGGUUGCGCCACCGCCCCCGCCACUUCUUGCUUCUGUCAACGCGUCGAAACAACCUGGUUCCGACACAGCAGCAACGACAGCACCUGUAUCAAAAACCGGCACACUGAGACUGCACUGGAAACCUGCGCAAGCGGAACCACCUCCAGUACCAUCGCUGAAAAAUAAAGGAACAUUUUGGCACAAACUUGAUUUGCCGCAAAUUGAUGCCAAUAAGUUGGCCCAGCUGUUUGAGCAAAAAGCUAAAGAAAGUGCUACAAUAAAGACGUAUAGUGGCGACAAUUUGUUUGGAAAACAUGGCUAA